UUGCGAGGCCGCGCAAGUGGCUGGCUGGAGGCGGCUCCCAAGGGCCGCCAUCUCCCUCCCCACCUCUGCCCACAGCCAGCCACGCCCACGCCCACGCCACAGAGAAGAGAAGCAGAGGUGUGGGGAGGAGAGCCAGCAGCCCUGCAGCAGCCACAGCGAAGAGCGGCGGCCGCCGGCCCAGCCCCCCCGCCCUAUGCGAUGUUGGCCAGGUCGCCGGCGCCGCCCUUCCUGACGGCCACCGAGACUGCUGCUGCGCCGGCUUUCUUCCAGCCCUGUGAUCUCUCGACUUCUCCAAGUGUGAUCCUUUCCAAGAAGAAACAUGGAACAGGAUUAACUGUCCGGCCAAACAUUCAGCACGGCAAAGCUCAGUACGCAAGUAGGAUCCACAGAAAAUGGCGGGCAUUCUCAUCUGACCCAGCACAGGCCGCCGCUGUCGUGGAUACUGGUGACAGCAAAACAUGGGAAGAGUGCAAGGAGAUACUCACCUCAUUGAAUUUCUCCACCGAAGACGCCGAGAAGAUGCUGAAGAAGGCGUUCGGAUGGCUCCAUUCGCCGUACUGGACCGAGGAGAGAAAGAAGGAGGUUCCGAGCGCCGAGGUGGUAAACGGAGUGCUGGACUACGUAAGGGGCCUUGGACUCUCCGACGACGAUCUUUACAAGCUGCUCAAGAAAUUCCCGGAGGUUCUUGGGUGCGAUCUUGAGAGCGAGGUGAAGCUGAACGUCGGCAAGCUGGACAGCGACUGGGGGAUAAACGGGAAGACUCUCCGGAGUGUCCUCUUACGGAAUCCCAAGGUUUUGGGCUACAAUGUAGAUUGCCGAGGGGACUGCGCGGCUCAGUGCCCCCGCUGCUGGGUUAGGUUUUAGUGUGCUGUUCUGCAUUGUUAUUACUGUGGAGAGCUUCAGAAUUUAAGAUGAUAUAUGUUACCAACUGUCUGUCUGUUUCGGUGUCGGUUAUUCAAACCAAGCAGAUUUGUAUAGAUGGAUGUACUCUUACGGCUGGUUUACUAAGCUCAUUUGAUUUUGUCUUAA